CCAUGGUCUUAAAAGACGCUUUUGGGGAAAGAGAUGGCAACAAUACGGAGGCACAUUGGCUACUUGAAAACAACUUAUGGUCUUCCUAGACCACGUCUUUUAUAUCGUAGAGGUUUAAGACUAGCAGUCUCCUCACUAAGAUCUUCGGAAAAUCCGAAAGCGACUUCGCCACCAUCCAGAAGCCACAACCAACUCGUCGCCUCGGGCGUGUCCUGUGUCCGCCAGACUUUUCCAUCUCAGUCAUUAACACAAACACUACGUCUGCGACUAAAAGCACACUCGCAUUCAACAGCAGACACCCAGGGUAAGAGAGCGGAAAUGAAGUACGUAUUGGUGACCGGAGGAGUGGUGAGUGGGCUGGGCAAAGGCGUCACGGCCAGCAGCAUAGGCGUCGUCCUCAAAGCCUGUGGCCUUCGCGUCACCUCCAUCAAAAUUGAUCCAUACUUGAACACUGAUGCUGGUACCAUGUCUCCCUUUGAACAUGGGGAGGUUUUUGUUCUUGACGAUGGUGGAGAGGUUGAUUUGGACCUGGGUAACUAUGAGCGAUUCCUAGAUUUGACACUUACAAGAGACAACAACAUUACCACGGGAAAGAUAUACCAGUCUGUCCUUGAGAAGGAACGGAGAGGUGAUUAUCUUGGGAAGACUGUCCAGGUGGUCCCACACAUCACAGAUGCCAUUAAGAAUUGGAUUGAAGCGGUUGCUGUCAUUCCUGUUGAUGGAAAAGAAGGUCCAGCAGAUGUUUGUGUGAUAGAGUUGGGAGGGACAGUAGGUGACAUCGAAUCAAUGCCAUUCAUUGAGGCUCUGCGACAACUGUCCUUUUCAGUUGGUCAAGAUAACUUCUGCCUCAUUCAUGUGAGCCUGAUACCAGUACUGGGCGUUGUUGGAGAGCAAAAAACGAAACCUACACAACAUAGUGUUCGUGAACUGAGAGCGCUAGGCUUGACUCCUCAUCUGUUAGCAUGUCGCUCUGCUCAGCCUCUGUUGGGAAGUACCAAGGAGAAACUUUCGCAGUUUUGCCAUGUUCCAGCUGGUAAUAUUCUCAAUAUCCAUGAUGUUCCAAACAUUUGGCACGUUCCUCUUUUACUUAGGAACCAAAAUGCUCAUCACUCAAUUCUAAAGCAGCUAAACUUAGACCUGGCUAUACCUCCUGCUUUAGAAGACUGGACCAGGAUGGCCGAGACAUUUGACAAUCUUACUAAAUCUGUGAGGAUUGCAUUGGUUGGAAAGUACGUUGGCCUAUCAGAUUCAUAUCUGUCUGUUUUGAAGGCCCUUCUUCAUGCCUGCAUUGCAUGUUCUUUGAAGCCAUCAAUUGAUUGGAUUGCAGCUUCUGACCUUGAAGAGGAUAGUGCUAAAUUGACACCAGAGGCACAUACUGCUGCGUGGGAGACUUUGAGGAAUGCAGCAUGUGUCUUGGUUCCUGGUGGAUUUGGAGAUCGAGGUGUGAGAGGUAUGAUAUUGGCUGCAAAGUAUGCUAGGGAGAAUCAUGUUCCUUAUCUUGGGAUUUGCUUGGGCAUGCAGAUCUCUGUCAUUGAGUUUGCUAGAUCUGUUUUGGAUUUGGAAAGCGCAAACAGCACAGAGUUUGACGAUCAGACACCAAAUCCUGUUGUAAUUUUCAUGCCUGAGGGCUCAAGAACUCAUAUGGGAAGCACGAUGAGACUGGGAUCUCGAAGAACGCUAUUCCAGACGCCUGAUUGUAUUACUUCAAAACUGUACCACAAUUCAGAGUAUGUGGAUGAACGGCAUCGGCACAGAUAUGAGGUGAAUCCUGAAGUUAUUGGAAAUUUAGAAGAGGCUGGCCUCAAAUUUGUUGGGAAAGAUGAUAGUGGAAAGCGGAUGGAGAUUUUAGAGCUUCCAGAUCAUCCCUUCUAUGUAGGAGUGCAAUUUCAUCCAGAAUUCAAAUCACGGCCUGGGAGGCCCUCAGCUCUAUUUUUAGGUAUUAAAUGGCCAACAAAGCCUUGCACAUCUUAUUAACUGCCAUUACUGAGAGCCAUGUGUAUAUACCCUGGCCUCAUAUUGGCGGCGACAGGACAGUUGGAAUCAUAUCUUGCCAGACAUCAAAAUGGAAGCUGAUAUGCAGGUUGCCCCAGUCUUCAUAUCUCCCAAAUCAUUCUUUCAAGGUAGUCUAUAGUUCAAGAUACUGAAAGUUUGGGAUUGGUUUGUGAAAUUUAGUCACUUUGCAAGUGGUGGGCCCAAACAAUGCUCCAUAAGGAGCACGCUGGGUUAAGACUUUGUCUCUGGGUUUUUUUUGGGCACUUCAUUUGCAUGCAUAUAUGCGUGUGAUCUUGUGAUAUAGUGUAUGAUGUUAAACAUAUAUCCAGCCGAUGGGGUCAGUCUGAUAAUCAUCGGACUGGUCUGUCUGGGAAUCUGGUUACUUCACUUACAUUUUUGUAUAGACAUGACGUGCCUACUCUUAAACUGGCCUUGAUGGUCUCUAGCAGGUCAGUCUGUAUAUCGGGCUCAGAUUAGCACCUAGCCAUCAUGGGGUUUGCCGAGUUCCAUAUUUAAGCUUGCCUUGUCAUUUGGUAAUUAUAUUCUUGAUAAUGGUUCCAUAAGACACUUUCAACACCUAUAAUUUGUGGUUAUGCGUGCUGCGUUGCCUAUGAAUCUGAAUGUGGUGUAAUGCCACCUGAAUUUCAGAUA